AUGGAUGCCAGCGUCUCUGUUGUAGCUGUUAUUAAAGAUGGUAUCUUCAGCCGCAACACUGAAGUUAUGCAACAUAACGUUCCACCGUUUCUACGGGAUGACUUCAGACAAAAUCCAUCAGAUGUAAUGGUAGCAGUGGGUGAACCCGCAGUCAUGGAAUGUCAGCCCCCAAGAGGUCACCCAGAACCCACUAUAUCAUGGAAAAAAGAUGGGACCCCUCUAGAUGACAAAGAUGAAAGAAUUACAAUCAGAGGAGGAAAGCUUAUGAUCACAUACACAAGAAAGAAUGAUGCUGGCAAAUAUGUUUGUGUUGGAACAAAUAUGGUUGGAGAACGUGAAAGUGAAGUUGCAGAGCUCACCGUUUUAGAGAGACCAUCUUUCGUGAAGAGACCAAGUAAUUUGGCUGUAACUGUGGAUGACAGUGCGGAGUUUAAGUGUGAGGCAAGAGGUGAUCCAGUCCCUACAGUGAGAUGGAGGAAAGAUGAUGGGGAAUUGCCAAAAGCAAGGUACGAAAUCCGUGAUGAUCAUACCUUGAAAAUCCGGAAGGUUAUGGCAGGAGACAUGGGCUCAUAUACUUGUGUUGCAGAAAAUAUGGUUGGAAAAGCUGAAGCAUCAGCAACUCUGACAGUUCAAGUUGUGUCUGAGCCUCCACAGUUUGUUGUAAAGCCUCGAGAUCAGAUAGCUGCACUGGGGAGAACGGUGACUUUCCAGUGUGAAGCAACUGGAAACCCUCAGCCAGCCAUCUUUUGGCGGAGAGAAGGAAGUCAG